UGCGCACUGGGGGAAGGGCCUGCCUCUGACUGUGAGGCCGACACAGGAGCACACAAACUUGCGUAGUCUUACCACGGCACUCGCUGUCUCCCCGUUUCUCUCUAUGGACAGCCAGAGGGCAGGUGAAGAAACGGGGAACAUUGUGGUUGGGAUUGCUGCGUUUAUCCUAAAACAGGCCAUGAUUUAAUCCCGGGACAUUCCUGUUUUUGGAGGAAGUGGAGACGGGAAAAACGAUCGAAGGGAAAACGCCAGAGCGGAGCAGGACUUGAGCCGAGGGAGGGAGAUGUGCGCUCGGGCCGAGAUUGCGGCGGUAUCCCUGUCUAGGCCUGGCCCAAGCAGAUUGUUCUAAAGAGGAAGCGCUUAACAAACGGGGGAAGUGAACAUGGCUGGGACCACAGGCUACUUUUCCAAUGGGCCUGCCCCAUGGAUGGACAGCGACACCGAGAUGAACAACCUGUACCGAGACCUGGAGCUGGGCACCGUGCUCACCCUUUUUUACUCCAAAAAGUCCCAGCGUCCUGAGAGGAGGACUUUUCAAGUCAAACUCGAAACCAGGACUAUUAUUUGGACCAGGGGCACGGAUAAAAUAGAAGGAGAGAUUGACAUUCGGGAGAUCAAGGAGAUCCGUCCCGGUCAGAAGUCCCGGGACUUUGAGCGUUAUGUGGAGGACUCUGCGGCUCGGCUGGAAACGGCUCAUUGCUUUGUCAUUCUGUAUGGCACCGAGUUUCGUCUGCGGUCCCUCAGUCUGGCAGCCACAUCCGAUGAAGAAAUGACUAUGUGGGUUAAGGGUUUGAACUGGCUUGUGGCUGAUACACUGAAGUCUCCAACACCACUUCAGAUAGAGAGGUGGUUACGCAAGCAGUUUUACGCUGUGGAUCGUAACAGAGAGGAUAGAAUUUCCUGCAAGGAUCUGAAGAACAUGCUUAGCCAGGUCAACUACAGGGUGCCCAACAUGAAGUUCCUUCGAGAGAAACUUCCGGACUCUGAAAUGAGAAAUGGUGACGUUUCGUUUAGUCAGUUUGCGCAGCUGUAUCGAAGCCUCAUGUUUGAUGCCCAGAAAAGUUUGGAUAUCCCGUUUCUAAAAAGAUAUAUUGAUAGACCAGAAAUAAGGAUUUCACUUGAAGAAUUCAAGAACUUCUUACUUGAACAUCAAAAUGAACUAUGGGCCACGGACAACAACAAAGUGCAAGACUUUAUGUUCAGUUACUUGAAAGAUCCACUACGAGAAGUGGAGCAACCAUAUUUUUGUCAAGAAGAGUUCCUGACAUACCUGUUUUCCAAGGAGAACACCAUCUGGGAUUCGUCCUUAGACCAGGUGUGUCCUGAGAACAUGAACAACCCCCUGUCCCACUACUGGAUUUCCUCCUCCCAUAACACCUAUCUGACAGGAGACCAGUUUUCCAGUGAGUCGUCCCUGGAGGCGUACGCACGUUGUCUGAGAAUGGGCUGCCGCUGCAUCGAACUGGACUGCUGGGAUGGUCCAGAUGGCAUGCCAGUCAUCUACCAUGGACACACCCUUACCACAAAAAUAAAGUUUUGUGAUGUCCUGAACACCAUCAAAGAGCAUGCUUUUGUUACAUCUGAUUAUCCUAUCAUCUUAUCCAUUGAAGACCACUGUAGCAUCGUGCAGCAGAGGAAUAUGGCUACUUUCUUUAAGAAGGUUUUUGGGGAAAUGCUGCUGACAAAAGCAGUGGAUAUCGCAGCUGAUGGCCUUCCUUCUCCAAAUCAACUCAAAAGAAAGAUCCUCAUCAAGCAUAAGAAACUUGCAGAGGGCAGUGCCUAUGAAGAAGUGUCCACCUCUACCCCAUAUUCUGAGAACGACAUUAGUAACUCCAUCAAAAACGGUAUCUUGUAUCUCGAGGACCCUAUCAACCAUGAGUGGUACCCUCAUUUCUUUGUCUUGACAAACAGUAAGAUCUACUACUCUGAAGAAACAUCCAAUAAUCAAGGCAAUGAUGAUGAAGAAGAGCAUAGAGAGGUGUCAAAUGGUGUAGACCAACAUGUGACAGAAAAGUGGUUCCAUGGUAAACUGGGGGCCGGUCGAGAUGGUCGGCAUAUCGCAGAGCGGCUGUUGUCUGAGUACUGUCUGGAAACUGGAGCACCUGAUGGGUCCUUUCUAGUGCGGGAGAGUGAGACAUUUGUGGGGGACUACACACUGUCCUUCUGGCGUUCAGGGCGGGUACAACACUGUCGAAUCCACUCAAGACAGGAAGCUGGCUCCCCAAAGUUCUACUUAACAGACAAUCUAGUAUUUGACACCCUGUAUGCCCUUAUAGGGCACUACCAGCAGGUGGCGCUACGUUGCAAUGAGUUUGAAAUGAAACUGACUGAGCCUGUGCCUCAAACCAAUGCCCAUGAGAGCAAAGAGUGGUACCAUGCUAACCUGUCGAGGAGCCAUGCUGAAAACAUGCUGAUGAGAGUCCCACGGGAUGGGGCAUUUCUUGUGAGAAAAAGAGCAGAACCAAACUCUUUUGCCAUUUCCUUCAGAGCGGAGGGGAAGAUAAAGCACUGUCGUGUGCAGCAGGAGGGUCAGACUGUGGUGCUGGGCACCUCGGAGUUUGACAGCCUUGUUGACCUAAUCAGCUACUAUGAGAAGCACCCACUCUAUCGUAAAAUGAAGCUCCGCUAUCCAAUAAACGAAGACACACUGGAAAAGAUAGGCACUGCUGAGCCUGACUAUGGAUCACUGUAUGAGGGGAGAAACCCUGGGUUUUACGUUGAGGCCAAUCAAAUGCCGACUUUCAAGUGUACGGUUAAAGCUAUGUACGAGUAUAAAGCUCAGAGAGAUGACGAAUUGUCCUUUCCAAAGAACGCCAUCAUCAACAACGUGGACAAACAGGAAGGAGGAUGGUGGAAAGGUGAUUGUGGGGGGAAGAAGCAGAUGUGGUUUCCUGCCAACUAUGUGGAGGAAAUCAGUCCUACUGCUGCGGAGCCUGACAGAGCUCAGGAGGUAACAGAAAAUAGCCCACUGGGAGAUUUGCUCAGAGGAAGUGUUGAUGUGUCAUCCUGUCACAUUGCUAUAAGGCCUGAAGGUAAAGGAAGUCGACCGCACGUCUUCUCUCUUGCACCAAAUCCCUCAAUGAGACUAGGUCCUGUGUUGGAUGUCGCUGCUAACAGCCAAGAGGAACUGAACCAAUGGGUUUUGAAGAUUCGGGAGGUGGCAAUGACCUCUGAGGCCAAGCUGGAGGAGGGGAAGAUGAUGGAGAGAAGGAAGAAGAUUGCACUGGAACUGUCUGACUUGGUCAUCUACUGCAGACCUGUGCCAUUUGAUGAAGACAAGAUUGGCACUGAACGGGCCUGCUUCCGAGACAUGUCAUCUUUCCCUGAAACAAAGGCUGAAAAAUAUGUCAACAAAAUCAAGGGGAAGAAGUUUUUACAGUACAAUCGUUUACAACUGUCCCGGAUUUACCCAAGAGGCCAAAGACUAGACUCGUCCAACUACGACCCUCUGCCCAUGUGGCUAUGUGGGUCUCAACUGGUGGCACUCAAUUUCCAGACUGCAGAUAAGCCAAUGCAGAUGAACCAGGCCUUGUUCAUGUUGAAUGGGCGGUGUGGUUAUGUGCUCCAGCCGCCAAUCAUGAGGGACGACACCUUUGAUCCUUUCGACAGACACACACUUCGGAGCGUGGAGCCUGUCUCUCUGCAAAUUGAGGUUUUGGGAGCUCGGCAUUUACCAAAACACGGCCGUGGAAUUGUUUGCCCACUGAUUGAGAUUGAGGUGUGUGGGGCAGAGUACGACAGUGCCAAGCAAAAAACAGACUCUGAAGCUGACAACGGCCUAAACCCCACUUGGCCGAGAAAGCCAUUCCAGUUCACUGUGUGCAACUCUGCCUUUGCCUUUCUGCGCUUCGUUGUCUAUGAAAUCGACAUGUUCAAUGACCAAAAUUUCCUGGCUCAGGCUACAUUCCCCAUUCAGGGUCUCAAGACAGGUUACCGGUCAGUACCUCUAAAGAACAGUUUCAAUGAGGAUCUGGAGCUGGCCUCACUUUUGGUCUACAUGGAGAUCACCAGAGGCAGGGAUGAAAAUGGAGAGGUUCUAAGCCCGUUUCUGGCUGUGGGGUCUUCACCUGUGGCCCUGUCGUCUCAGGCGAGCCGAGAGCGUUUGGGGGAGUUUGGUUCUGUAUCAUCACUCUCCUCCAACAUGUCUCCUCUGCCUCAGUCCCCCGCUCAGGCUCAGGCUAUAGGCUACAGGGGCAGGGAGGGCUCCUUUGAAUCCCGCUACCAGUCCCCCAUGGAUGACUUUCGACUGUCCCAGCAGUCACUGUUGGACCACAUGGACUCUCAGAACAGGAGGAUGCUGCGUGGGGCCCGUGUGGGUGGAGAGAACCGUGUCUGAGUCCAAGCCAAUCAGGAUGUGCCCCCCCACCCUUGUACUGAUGAUGUCACUGACUGCUGUGAACACUGUUUCCAUGGAAACGCCCACCAUCGCUUUGGCCUACAUUUCAGGCAGCUCUCAUUUUCCAGACCCCCACCAUCAGCCUGUUUGCCCCAGCCCUGUUCCGGCCUCCUGUUCUCCUGAGGAGGGACUCGGACACAGAGGUGGGACGUCCUGCGAACAGGAACAAAAAUGGCUGAAAGUCCCUGCUCUGAGCUGAUUGCUGUGGGGAUUGGACAUCCUCCUCUGUUGAAGGUGUGCACAUCAACUACUUUGGAGGAAGGAAAAAGAGCAGUUUAAAUUAGUUGCCCUUCUCAUUUUAGCAAAUCUGAAUAUAUAAGUAUGUACUGUAUUUAUUCCUGCUGUGCUGUUGUCCAGAGAACAGUAGCAGCUGAUCUGCUCUCAAAGAGCUCUUUCUCUGUUUUAAUAUUCUAAUUAUUUAAACAUUUAAACAUUCAUAAUGUGAGUUUUAUGUAUAUGUGUAAAACACGAGGGCUCAGUAUGUUGUUUUAUUGUCUCUUUUCUUUGUGCCUCCAGUGUAGUUCAUGCAAAAUUUGGAGGUGAUUUAAUAUUUUUUAGGCAAUUCGUAGCCUGUUUUUUUUGCAGCAGCCAGCCUCUCAUUUUCAGGCCUUUUUUCUUACAUUCCUACAAACUGCACAUCAUUCCCCUGCACUGCAGGUGCCUUUAAGCCAGUCUCACACCUUUUUAAUUUCUCUUAAUUUUUUUUCUUUAUCCACAUCAUGAUGGUGUUGAGCAUCAGGGACUAACCCAAAGGUUUUAGAUUGCAUAUAAAAUCAAAUAUACCUAAUAUUUUUGAAUGUAAUCCAAAAGACUGACUGUGUGCACUCGUUACUGGAAUUUAGAGGCUGCAAAUAAUUAUUUUUAUUAUGGUCAUGGAGUCAUAAGUUGUUUUACCUUUUUUAAUCUAUGUUUUACAGCUACUAAUACAGCUACAAAUUUUCAGAUGAAUUUUGACCCUAGAACUGAAUCCUCAUUUGUUGAUAUUCUGUUGAUUGAUCAAAUUAUUCCCUUUAUGGUGAAGUUUAGCCCUGGGAAUUUGAGACAUUACAGAUGAUGCAUCAUUGGAGGCUGUGUUUUGUCAUUAUAUUAAGAAUUGUAGUACUUGUCUAAACCUCGCCUUCUGUGUUCUGGGAGAGUGGGAUGAGGUGCUUGGCCAUCACAUGGAUUUUGACUGGGUCUUUGAAGUCUUGACCAAGUUUGUAUGAAACAUUCUGUCUGUAAUGAGACUUAUGUUAGACAGUGUUGGAAGAGUACUUUAAUAUGUUAAACUCAGUAUUCUCACUCAGUGGUUGAUCACACACUGGGACUAAGCCAUACAGUGUAAUUGUGAUGAAAUAACAGCAGGAAAGGGAGGGAAUAUGCAGGUUCUCGCCCAAAUCAUUGACCAUCCUGUUGGAAAUGUCCCAAUGUUAUUUUGUCUUUUCUCAUUGAAUGGCCUUUGUGAAAAGCUCUCCCUCUAAAGCUGCAUCUUCUACUGCUGACCUUUCUGCUUGUGUCCAUGCGCCUGUCUUUGUACACCACCAUUUAGCCAUAUAUUUCACAAGACCAGCUAGGUCUGAACACCUGCGCACUCACUCGGGUCUGCUCAGGACAGGUGAAACUUCGCACCUGACAGUUGCCCUGAGCUCACUGUCUAUAGAUGUCAAUCAACUGGACUUCAGAGGAGUGGGUGAGCAGAGCCCGUCAGUGUCUUACCUUGUCUUAUGUCUGAUUUUACAAAUGCCUUUGUGUAAUGUGCCUAAAACUCUGGAGAGAAAAUGUACUCAUUUUAAUUUUGCCUUUCAUAUAAAACAUACUCAAGCCUAAAAGUAAAUAAAAUAAUACUGCUUUAAUUAA